UGGGAUUUAUAUCCAAAACACAAAACUACUAAACAAUAAUAAUAUUAGUCCAAACAAUAACAAACGAUCUUUCGGAAAUCCUUGGUCGCACUAUAACCUUAUAAUAUAUAUAGAAAUGUAUAUACGGGUGUAUUAUAUGAUUUAUAUGUUAUUAGUAUGCUACAAUAGUCGACUAUACUCUUUAAUAAUUUUUUGACAACCAAAUUGCGUGAAAAUGGUUCGUGUUUACAGCUUUAUAGAAAUGUCUGUUAUUGCAUUUUUUACUUUACAGAUUAUGGAUGCAUCAUCUUCGGGAUCGUACUUUUGUCCGAUGUGUGGCUUUUCAAAAUAUAACUCUUACAAUUCCCCAGGUCCAACGUGUUCCUGUAUGAACACUAUGAACUAUCAAAAUUAUCAGAAUUCGGUUUGUCCUACAAAUAUCCCAUAUCCUUAUUGUAGUACUCAAAAUACUGAUACAACCUGUCCGUCGACAUCGGGGCAACCGACUGGCAACAUCGUUGGUUCUUCUUGUGAUUGCGGUAGAUUUCCGUAUGUCAUUCAAGUUCCACCUAAUGUUCAACCACUACCGGCAAAAUUGUCUUAUCCGUAUGUUUCUGACGAUCCAUCCGGACCAUGUCAACAAACAUUAAAAAACUUUGGAUAUCAGUUACAAGUACCCGUACCCCCCGGACGUGUCCCCAACUAUGGUUCUAUUAAUGGAAUUAUUGACAAAACAUAUAAAAAGUGCACUCCGUGUCCUUGCAAAUUGAUAUAUUGAAACGAUAUAAGAUGAUUAAUAAGAAAAAUAUUAACUGCAAUACCUAGGUAUGAGAGGGAAUAGGGAAUCCAUCAUGCAAUUAAGCUUCAGCCAUUAUCAGUUAGUAUAGAUCUUAAAAGAGACCAAUUUUAAAAUAAAAAAAAUUUGUAAA